AUGGGGUGCUCCAGCUCGAGGGAGGCGGGCGGGGGCUUGGUUUCGCCGGCCGCAGCGCCGGCGGAGCGGCGGCAGGGCCUGCGCUCGCGCUCCCUCGGCAUGUGCCGCGGCGCGCACGCGUACACCGCACUGCCGUUUGAGGAACCGCUGAAGGGUGCCCGUGAUCCGGCCACGGCUGAGGAGGCCCUCCCCGGCGACGAUGCGGCGACGGAGGAGAAGCGGCGGCAUGAGGCGCCCAUCAUUUCGGCGGCGGUCAUGGCCAGCAUCGAGGAUGCUGCAUCGUCGUCGACGGCACGAUGGAGCGCAGAACCUGCGGCGUCGUCUCUGCCACCGGAACAGCUGCCUGCGCUUGACCUUGACCGGGCGGUCUUGCCUGGCGUCCGGGAGCUCGUGCAGGUGCCUUCGCCAUCGGAGAACCCGGCGCCACAGGAGGCCUGCGACGACGACAUACUCGAUGUCAGUGACUCUGUCCGCGCGCGCGUCGUCGACGGGUUCCAUGGAAAGCUGGAGAAGAAGAAGACUGCGGUGGCGACCGAGGAAGCCCCCGACGCCGUCGACGGCGACGACGUGACGGCACCAAGGCGCCGGCUCCCGCGCGCUGGGAAACCCGUGGUGCUUUACCUGACCAGCCUCCGCGGCGUGCGGCGGACGUUCGAGGACUGCCGCGCCGUGCGCGCCAUCCUGCGGUGCUACCGCGUGCGGCUGGACGAGCGCGACGUGUCCAUGCACGCCGCCUUCAGGUCGGAGCUGCGCGACCUCCUCGGCGCCGAGUUCGAGGGGCCCGCGCUCCCACGCGUGUUCGUCGAUGGCCGCCACGACCUCGGCGGCGCCGAGGGCGUGCGCGCGCUGCACGAGGCCGGCGAGCUCGCGCGCGCGCUGGCCGCGUGCGAGUGCGAGGCCGCCGCCGAGCCGACGACGGGCCGGCUCGGGCACGCCUGCGCGUGCGCGGCGUGCGGCGAGGCGCGGUUCGUGCCCUGCGGCACGUGCCACGGCAGCUGCAAGGUCUUCGUCGACGACGAGCGGUGCCGCCUGGCCGCCUUCUUCCGUCAGUGCCCGGACUGCAACGAGAACGGGCUGAUCCGAUGCCCCGUGUGCUGUUACUGACUGUUGGGUCUCGAUUGCAGUGUUGUAAUCUGAAAGGGAAGGGGUAGAUUGCAGAUUUUUUUUCCCGUGUUUGUCAUGUUGCUUGUUCGUAGCUGGUGAUCAGAAUUAGAGUUACUGUCAGAAGGUACUCUAGAUGUGAAAGUGCAGG